AUGCCACAUCCCCCUCUGAACAUAGUCGAGUGUCGUGCAGUGAUAAGAUACAAACCUUGUCUCAUAUUCAAUGACAACGAAGUCCCCUAUGUCAUUUGGUUCGAAGAUGCCCUUCUCUUGUAUGGAGUUCCCACGGUGCUGUUUGAUUUAUACAUCCUUGUUCUGGACAUCGAUAUAGCCGCCGACUACCUGAUCAAAGCUGGAUGGACUGUCGAUACACAAUCCCCUCGUCGAGUUGGAAAUGCAGAGGUGAAAACUCGGCAACAGCGGCUAAUGACUCCGGAUAGCCAGACAACGACCGUCCUUCUUCUGGCAUCAGAUUGGAAGUUUCCGCUCACGGAUGACUCUACCCUCGAACGCCUGUUUCUGGAGGAAUUACCAGACCAAACAUUGUCGUUUCCCUCAUUGUCGGGCUUUCUUGAUGCCCUGAUUGAGACCUGGCUGGAUAGUGACGAUGAUUCAGUACUGCUGCACUUGGCUGUUCAGAUUAACUACCUCUACGGACAUGCUCCAGCUUUGAAAGAGCGAUCAUUUGCCAACCAGAUGAAAUAUGAACAUCGCCAGUUCCACUUUGAUGUGCUUGCAGGGAUGUCAACAACACUCCCAUUCAGAAAGCACCAACGUGGGAUUCGAGAUGCACUUCUACAGGGUCGAUAUGAGCUGCAGGAGUGCUCAGCGCCUCGCGACAAUGAUGACUUCUUUAAUCCAUGGAAAAACGUCCGCCUACCACCCCCUCCGGAAAGUUAG